AUGACAUCUCAAGUAAUGGAAACUGUACUGGCACGUUUUAACAGAAAACUUUUAUUUGAGGACAGAAAAGUUAUUCUUUUUCUGGACAACGCCACCUGUCAUCCGGAGUCAAUGAUAGGCCAGUUUUCACAAAUCAAAAUCAUUUUCUUACCGAAGAACACAACUUCAAGGCUUCAACCACUCGAUGCGGGGAUCAUCCAAAACUUCAAGGUGAAGUACAGAAAAAGACUGGUCAAAUACGUGCUUGCAAGGAUCCAGGAGAAUAAAUCUGCAACUGAAAUUAUCAAGAGCGUAGACAUACUUAUGGCUAUUCAAUGGGUUCAAGAUGCGUGGAAAGAAGUAACCAACUUGACCAUCAAAAAUUGUUUCGAGAAAUGUGGCGUAGUUCAAGGAGAAAGUGAAUUGAUGGAAGAUCAAGAAGAUGACUUGGAAUUUGAAGCUCUGGUGAAGGAAUUAACUGAAGAUAUGUCUGCUGCAGAAUACAUUGAUUUUGACGCCGAUGUUCCAGCUUCGGAGCCAAGAAUUAACGAACUAGAAAUAAAUUGGCGACAUCAAAUCCGAGAAGCUAGCAUUAACGCAAUUGAAAAUCCAGAGAUGGCAUGUCAGGUCGAAGAGAUCUCCGAGGAUGAUGAUGAGAGUGAAGACGUGGUUGAAGAAGAAAUGCUUGGUUUCACCGAGCUAAUCACUAUGCUUGAUAAAAUUAAGCGAUCUACUAUUUUUGAUGAUACAUGCCAAGAAAUGUUGUCAACCAUUACGAAAAAGAUUGAGGAACUUCAGCUUCAAAAUAGAAAACAAUCCUCAAUCAAAGAUUAUUUCAAAUAG